CACGUGACCCAAAUGGCAGUCAGCCAAUGCAAUUGCACAAUGCGCAGGCAGUCUUAAAGUAUUCCACAAGUGGCAUACACCCACCAAUGCCAUCGCAUCCAUCUCUAUCUAAAUUGUUUAUUUCUAAAUCCUCCAACCAAACCAACUUGCUUUCUACUUUCUCCAUCUCCCUCUCCACUGCUCUCCACCCAUGUAUCCUUCUUCCUCCUCCUCUUCCUCUUCUUCCUCCUCUUCUCAGUCCAUGAGCCACGCGCCAACAGGCCUCACGCGCUACGGCUCCGCACCGGGCUCUCUCCUCACCACCACCGUCGAUGCUCUCAUCGGAGGAUCACGCCCCACCCCCACCCCCACCCCCACCCCUUACUAUUCCGGAGGAGACUCUUCCGACUCCACCUUCAAAGACCAAACAUCGUAUCACAACCACGCCCUCGGAUCCGCCUUGCUCCGUCAGAAAAGCUCUCCCGCCGGCUUCCUCUCCCACCUAGCAUCCACACCCACCGCCCCCACCCCCAAUCACAACCACAAUGGAGCGGGGUUCACAAUCACGCGGGGUUCUCGGCUGAAGUCCCAGCUGAGCUUCACGGGUCACUGCCAAGAAUCUCUCUGCGGCGGCGAUAACACUAACAAUGUGGUGCUUGGCGAUCAUGCCACCUUCGGAAUGGAGCCUUGGGACGGUUCUCAUUCUCAUUCUAAUUCCAUCGCCUUUUCCGCUCCUCCAACUAAGCGCUCCAAAAGCUCCAACUCCAGCGAGCAAGACAUUCUCCAUUGCCUCAACGCCUUGGAAUCUCAGUUUAGCCUUCCGCAGACCACUCUCGAAAUGGCAACUGUCGAGAAGCUCUUGCACAUUCCUGAAGAUUCCGUCCCUUGUAAAAUCCGUGCUAAGCGAGGCUGUGCCACUCAUCCCCGCAGCAUAGCCGAGCGGGAGAGAAGAACCAGAAUAAGUGGAAAGCUCAAGAAAUUGCAGGACCUUGUACCUAAUAUGGAUAAGCAAACAAGCUAUGCAGACAUGCUCGAUUUGGCCGUUCAGCAUAUUAAAGGUCUUCAAACACAGGUUCAGGUCUGUGAAAUAACCUUACCCUUUCCCCCCUCUCUCUCUCUCUCCAAUACUUUUCAUUCCCAUGCCUAUUCAGGAAUUAUCAAUUAAAUGCUUCCAAUAUAUGAAAUCGCUAUACAAAUAAUAUAUCUACAAUCACGGUGUCUUGUAACAUGCUUGGGUGAGAAUUGGACGACAUUGGUAUUAGAAGGUUACUGCAUUUGGUGUAUGAUUUCAGUAAAAUAUGAAUUAUUUUUAUUUUCUAAAUUGAAUUCAAUUAAAAUUUCCCUUUUUCAGUGCAUCCCUAUAUCCAUUGUUGUGUUAGGCUUUUUACCAACCCCCUUGCGGAUGAGGUGUGUUAAGUAUGCUUACCCUUCAUUGAAUGCUAAUUUACUGAAUAAAUCUGGAGUCGUUAGUUUUAGAAGAAAUAUGCAAAUUAAGUAAUCUAUAAAGUAAUUGCUGGAGGAAAGUGCUAGUAGUGCCCACGAGAAGGCAGAAACAAUGCAUGCGAAACAUAGGUGUAUCAAACAUAAAUAUGACCCCUUGACGGAAAUGCGAAACAGGGCCACGUUAAUGAACAAAUGCCCCCCCCCCGGAAUUUCAUUUCAGUUGUCUCCACCAAUCAAUUCCCUGUAAAAUAAAAAAUGUUGCUAAUGGUUGUGAAGCCUGAAGAUUACUCAGCUGCUGGUGGAAAAAUAGUUCAAUAUCAAGCUUGGGAUAUUUUAGCACCCCUAAAUCGUGCGUUAGCUCUUGAAAACAAACAACUUGCUGAUACAGGGCAAUGUUACUGUCCUCCUUUGAGAUUGUCGUGCUAUCUGGUCACUUCGAACAACGCUAUUUUUCUCACGUAGCUAGCACCUUUCCACACUGGCAAGCAAAUCCG